CAGCAGGCAGUCCCCAGCAGGAACAGAACACAGAGGGAGAAAAAAAGACGUCGAAAACAUGACCGACGAAAACAAUCAACAAUCACUAUGUAAUGCAUCUAUCAGUGAUUCACACAUUUGACCGAUCAGUCCGAAACUUCUUCGAACGAAAAACGGUACUCCCCCUCACUAUCAGAGUCAUUAUCAUCACUGUAAAAAGGAAUGCCCCAGGCUUCCUGAACACACACAGACACAGAAACAUCAAGACAUUCAAAUGAUCGUUCGCAUCGUUUUCCUACAUGCACUUCUCGGAGGAUAUCAUGGCAUUCUUGACAUCUCCGACCCCGAGGCGCACAAUCAUUGCAGAACACCUCUUGGCAAGGCUGAUGACCUGGGCGAUGCUCGAUUCUCACACUAUCACAAGCCACUGCACACCACCGACAAACAUCCGUCCCACAAUUAUAGCACUGCCAGAACUCCAUACACUCCUUGCACCCCUCCUGAUGGCAAAAGCUGCAUUCCUCAAGACCGCAGCCGGGGCACUUGGGCUCGUCACAGUGGUCGCAGAAUAUCUCGCACUCUGUGCACCACCACUGGCCACAUGCCUCGCAUGUUCCCGCCCGGCAAUUGCUGCACACGUGGUCGCCGUGAUGCUCGCAUAUCUGCGCAUCUGCGCAGCGCCAGCACAAGGGUGCCUGGCAGCUCUCGACAGAACAACGUAGUUUGUCGGACUCAAUGCAUUCAUCGCACAGGUAGCGCCGACACUCUGCCUCCGUGCACUGCCUCAGGUGGUCUCUGUGCUGGCGGUGUCGACAGGAAGCACACCUUCUCCUUCUGCUGCGGGGGACGUCGCCG